GCAGGAGUGACUCCGGAGCGCAUGUUUCCCUUCCGUUUGGGCCCCCAGGAGGCGGCUGAGGUGGCUCGGGAGCGAGUCAGGUCUGCUGAGUUGCGUGUGGCGGAGUCGGAGCUGCUACGGCACUACGGGGGCGACCGGGUGCAGCUGGUGGUGGCUGAGGUGGUGUUCGGCCGGGGCCUCACCGCCACCCCCGUCUUCGCGCCCGUGUGGGUGUUCAAGACUCGCGUGCGGGGGACGGCGCUGAGGACCUACGUGGCAGGCUUCGCCAGCGAUCUGUCCUCGGGUCCGGUGCUGCCCAAUCCCGACCGAGUGGCAGCGGUGGCUACUGCGGCGGGG